GUGGAUUUGGGUGGGGGUGGGGGUGGUUUUAUAAAUGCCGGACGAUUGCCAUCUCCACAGUCUUGGGAACGGUAAACUGGAAAUUUUACAAAAUGGGAGGAGAGUCCAUUGACUGUACUAGAUGCAGAGUCAGGAUACGGAAACUGUUUUCACGCAUUAUUUUCGAGGAGGCUCAGUCGACUUUACGUUUCAGGAAUUGGGGAGAGAUGGGACAGACUGGAUGCAGCCUGGGCUAUCGCCAUCGUACAAAUUGUACGGGGAGACCCGAGGCGUAAAGCGUACUUCUAUGCGACUCAAAAGUUCAGGCGCAAGUCGAAAGUGGUGUUCAAUGUGGAAGGGCCAAUUCGCCUGAAAACGGUGGAACCAGUGUUUAUCUCGUCCACGGCCACAAUUCUUCUUGCCUUCAUUAGUUUAAUUGUUGAGAUAAGAUCGGGAUAUCCGGCCCACUCAAGGAAACUAAAGUGUGAAAUAGUAUCGGUAAUUAGAGUAAAAUCGGAAAUGUUGAAAUUGUUACAUGAAUCAUGUAAAUGUUUCAAUAUCUCAUCAACCCACAGCGUUACUAAUUGUUGUUGUCACGGUGAGAUGAGAACAAUCACAAUAAACUAAUUCUUAAAAAACACUUAGCCAACUUGCAGCAAAAUUCAAUGAAAUAUAUACCACCGGAAUUGUUCCUGACGAAUGGACUCUUAUCUUACUCCGACCGAUUUUUAAAAAAGGUGACCCUAACUUACCCUCUAAUUAUCGCCCCAUUGCUCUUGCCACAACGAUUUUAAAAAUCUUUACUACAAUCCUCUCAAAUCGUCUUCAGAGCUGGGCAGAAAAGUAUGGACACUUCUCUCCAUUCCAGGCAGGGUUCAGGAAGAAAAUGGAAACUCUAGAGCAAAUAUUCUGCCUCCUAACCCUUAUCCAAUCCAAACUACGGAAUCCUAGUGGAAAGUUAUUUGCGAUUUUCAUCGAUGCAAAAAUGGCAUUUGAUUCCUGCCUCCACGAUAGAAUGUGGAAAGUAUUGAGCAAGAGAGGAAUAAGUUCAAAGUACCUGAAAGUUCUGACAUCACUCUAUAGUAAAGCUAAUGGACAAAUCCUCACUCCAAACGGACUCACAUCAUCGUUUCAAUUCCAAAAAGGAGUUUUGCAAGGGGAACCACAAUCAUCAUGCCUCUUCAAUUAUUUCAUAGAUGGUCUUGCAAGACGAUUGCAAAGAAGCGGCAUCUCUCCCGUCAAAAUUGGUUCAACUGACUUUCACAUCCUUAUGUUUGCCGAUGAUGUCGUCAUCGUUGCUAAUUCUGCUGAUGCUCUUCAGGGAAAAAUAAAUGUUGCUGCAAAGUUCUUUAAAGACCGUGGUUUACUGUGCAACAUUUCAAAAACGAAAGUGCUCAUCUUCGCCAAGAAAAAACCCAGCGGACUCCCAUCUUUCAAAUGGAACAAUGAUGCUAUUGAGAAUGUAAAUUCUUACACAUAUCUAGGAGUGACAAUGCAUAGAAAUGGCACCUUCAACCAUGCUCAUAAAGAAUUUUAAGAAAAGGCAACUGCAGGAUGAAAGUUCUUCAUAUUACAAGAAGAUCUGGGGUUCCACCUUUAUCUACACAAUUUAAACUAUUUAACUCCAUCGCACGGGCUACUCUUCUUUAUGGGUCACCAAUCUGGGCAAUGAAAUUCGUGGACGACAUCGAUAAAUUACAAAUUCGUUUUCUUAAAAGGUUACUCAGACUCCCCCCAUCAGCACUUGAUUACUUCGUGAGACUGGAAACCGGCGCACGGGAUACCCGAAUACAGCACCUUGCAGACACAUUGGGCUUCUGGGAAAGGGUAUACAAGAAAAAAGACGACUCUCCAGCAAAGCAAUGCUUGAUUACACAAAUGAAAUGGUCUCGGCUCAACUCGACCCCUAUGCAACGAAAACACUGCUGGGGAGAAGAUUUUCUUAACCUUCUCAAACUCGCAAAAUGUGGAAACCCUCCCUCAACAUUGACAUCCCUUAGCACGAUGAGGAAAUCCCUUCUCACAAACUACGAGCUGCACCUUAAAAAUCAAGACGUUCACAGGAUGCAAAAUUCCCACUUCAUACCGAACUACCAAUUAAUCAAACCAAAAACCGACACAGAAGGUUACUUCAACAUGAAUCACUCCAUGCAGAAAUGCAGUUUGAUGACUCAAUUACGACUUAAUAAGUUUAGCAUUAAAAUUGGACAAUCCUAUAUCCCUCUAAAUUCAAAUUGCCCAUUAUGCAGUGAUAUUUGUUCUGUUGAGCACCUUAUGUUUACCUGUACUUGUUUAAAAUCUGAACGACAAUCAUUAAUCUACCCAUUAAUUCCUAAUCUUAAUCCAAUUGAAUUUACCAAUAUGCAACUUUAUAUUGCUCUUUUUUCUGCGACAUGUACUGAUAAAGUUCUGAAUAACUUAUUUCUUUUUUGGCAUAAAGUCACAAAAUAUUUUGACCUAUGUUCCGACUAAUAAUUAAUUUUAAUUAUUUUUACAAUUUUACGAUUAUCAAUAUUAUGUAACCAUUUAUGAUGUGCAAAGGCUGUUGGCUAUGAUGCAAUAAAUCAAUUAUUAUUAUUAAGUGGAUGAUCUUUAUAUACUAAAUAUUUAAAUCCUCAAAUUUUUGUCAGGUAUUUAAAUACUCAAUAGUUAAUAUAAUAGUAAUUAAAUAGUAUUAGCAUCAGAAUUACCAACUCUGAAUUGUUGGGAUCCCGUUGAAUCGCCAACAACCAAUAUAAGCUAGCCUCAAAAUAAAGCAGUUCCUUAAACUAUGAGUUUUAAGGAACUACAUAACUUUAACUCCUGGAAAUGUUCGCAAAUAUUUGAGAAAAUUAUUUUCAGGUCAAAUUAAUAAAACUUAAAGUUACAAGCUGCAAAUGUGAAAAAGUUGUACAAAAGCUAAAGUACAAUUCACGUCUUUAAAAUUUUUAAUUUUAUGAAAAUUGUUACGCAAAUUUGUUUAAUUUUCAAAUGCUGUAGAAGCCGAAUUUUAACAAACUGUUCGAUUUUUGUCGCACUUCAUGAAAAUUAAUCUAUAAGUGUGGGACACCAAGAGAAUUCUUUGAAUUCGGCAAUUAACAACUUCAAAAUCCGAGUUUUGCAUCGCUUAAAAAUAUUCAAUUAAUAUUUAUAUAAAUAAUUAAAUCCUAAAUACCCGCAGUAUUCAAAUUACUUAAACACUAAUUACUUCAUACAUUUUAUGCCACUCAAUCAAGUAUUUAAAUAUUAAUUACUGAAUACUUGAAAUUUAAUUACUAAAUUUUGAAUAAUAAAUAAUAAAUACUAAAAUUCGAUAUUUAAGUGCCGUUCUUAAAUAGUUACCAAAGUAUUUAAAUACUACAACCCUGCCUUUCCUGACUCACCUCUCUUGACUCUAACUUUCUUGCAAUAUGAAUGUAUGAGUUUGUUUACUUAACAUAAAUUUCGUUCAUGUUCAUUCAUAUUUUAAGUAAACAAAUAGUUUCCGGUCAUAUUCUGGAAUAUUAUAACAAAGAUACACAUCUAAGGAGGUACCCAAAAUCAAGAAACGUCAACAUAUAUAUGUAAAUGAAAUUUAGGCCUAAAAUAUCAUUGAAGGUUUUUGUUAAGAGACGCGCGCGUAUCGUCAAAUCUCGCCCAAUGCUUACUUGGCAAUUGUAUGUAAAUUAUUGAAUAGCACGGAUGACGGAGGCUCAGUGGAAAACGACUUUAAGGUUUGACGUUAUUACCAAUCCUAAAUAAUCAGCAUUUCCGGAAUACAUUUUGAAUGCAUACAAAACCUAUGUAGCAGUCAAUUCUUGCCGACAUAAUAGCAAAUACAAAACACAAUUUUCUGUUUGCAGAUUUAUGCUCAAACGUAUGUAGAAUUGUUGUAGCCGAUAUUUUGAAUUAUCUUCACCAAAGUGCUCAUCUCUUAUAAACGAUAUUAAAGGAAAGGAACUUAUUUUAUAGAUUUUUCAUCAGACAAAUAAAUAAUAAGUAUAAAAAGGAUUCUGGAUAGAUUUUCACAAGUCUGCAAUUUCAUUUAUCAUGUUGUGUACCGAAAUUGUCCCGAUUCUAAAAUACCACCUGUGGGUGUAGCGUUCACAUGUGCCUCCCAUUCGACUUUGACGAAGGAUCCAAUCGAUUAGUUGGGGCCCGAUCAGUUCGACAAAUCAGAAUGUCUCAGUUUCAAUGCGUUCUUUCUACCUUCUACUGUUUCGCCAUGUUUCUCCUCCUCGCAAUCGGGGGCUUAUCAACGACUGAAAAGUUUCAAGCGUCACCCUUCUUCAUGCUGAAUCUCUUGGCAUGCAUUGUCCGUUGGAGCAACGUCAUAGGAAAUGACGCCAUUCAGAUUAUCAACUCAUUUUUGGAAUUUGAACAUUCCACUGUAAAAGCUAUUUCUUCAAAUACUGGGACUACUCCGGUGGCCAAAGCUAUGAAAUAUUUCAUUGCAUUGAUUCUAAUUUCCCUCCGGAUUAUAUCCAUCAUGCAAAUGACGCUGUUCCUCUUUGCCCCGUGCACAGUCCCCUUCAUUGUGUCGAUGUCGGUGGAAUGUAGAGGAAUUCGGACAGGGUUAGGCCCAUCUCGAUGGAUAGGGCAUAUCUUGGACACGUGGAUCCUGUCACAUGGCUGCUACUCAGCCGCCAUUCCAGUCCUCUUCGUCUUGUGCGUGGGAAUUGUAUGUUUUCUGACGUAUUUCGACGUCUUGACAAGUUACAGAAGAAGCCUCCGGCUCAUAACUUUUACCCACAUGGCGAGCUGCAUCCGGCUCUACCGAUCGAUCCAUCUGUUGGAGAAGUCGUUCAACGCUUUCCUCAUGCAGCGCAUCCUUCCGCCCUUCAUGUUAACUUGCAUCGGGCUGCAAAUCAUGGGUCUGUACGUGUGCAUUAUGCACCAAAAAGAUAUUCCGAUAGCUGGACUCUUGGUGUUCCACCUUCUCGGUGUGGACGCAAUGAUCUGCAGCAUCUUCACCAUGGCGUCCUUGGUCCAUACAAAAUCCACAAAUGUGUUGGAAAUGCUAGGAAGAACUGUGGCAGGAAUUGGCAAGAAUAGAAAAGUGGUCAGGCGAGAACUGAAAUCGCUGACAGUAAUGAACUUAAAAUUCGGGUCCAACUUUAUCGAUCGAGAAACGCCGUUAAACAUACAGUCAUUCGCUUGGAAUCAAACGGUGUCACUUUGUCUGAUCAAGUCUGGUCAGGGUAUUACCUAAAUUAGUUGAAAAUUUAAAAAUACAAAUCUUUCACCACAAAUUGUCCACGGAUUCAGUACAUGCUUCAAACCGGACGUCUUCACCACUGGAUUAUUACAAGAGGAGGAAAAUGUAUACAAAAUUGUACUAAGAAUUUUUUUUUGCUUUUUUAAAAAUCGAAUAAACUGGCACAACCUUACAUGAAAUAUUAAACGAUAUCCACAAACAAUAGUAAAAAUCGAGUCUAAAAUUAGGAAGAUUUCUAUCAUUUUGAUGACUCCAACUGUUUCAACGAAUAUUUACUCUUUGGUGGAAAGUGUUCUUACGAAAUUUCUUUAUUUAAUUUGCUACAUAUUGAAAUAUCAUCAUAAACACAUAAGAGAAGAAAUUAAUAAAAAAUUGUGAAGAGUGUGCAUUGUGACGGAACAUGGUCCUCAAAUAAACAAUGCGUAUUUUUAUGCCAUUCUAGUAUCCUGUGAUCCAAACACAACACAUACCUAACUGAAGCCGAAUUACUAAAACCUCUUCCCCCUCAGCAAUAUCAGCGAGAGGGUUUUAUCAAUGCAGAAAUUCUGCAUAAUCACAGGUGUUCCAUUAUCAAUGAAAUUCGAGCCAAACUUGAUUUUGAGCACGUUGCAGGCUAACAGUUCUUUUCUCACGAACUUCGACAUUCUUCCUUGAUGCGUCUUCUCAAAUAAGCUCAACAAGCGUUGCGACGCGCUGUAAACUUUUGAGGCAAGCGUGAUGAUCAGAAUGUUAUUGAUUCCGGCAGACAUCGCAAUGAUUGGGAAUAUGAGAAAGCCAGGUAUCGGGAUUUCUUGAUGUAAGGUGAAACACACGAAUAGGGUGGCGAUUUCGAUGGCAGGGAUGCAAAUCAUUAUCGCGGGUAGGAUGCGUUCCGUGAGGACGACGUUGAAUGAGUUGUCCAAAAUUUGUAUGUUGCGAUACAUUUGUAUAAAAUCCCGAGGGUCGUUAUGGGUUGACUUUGUUCUGAUAUGGCUGUUUUCAAAUUAAAUUGUUAAUAUGUUACUUUAGCUGAUUUGAAGUAUGUCUACAAAUAAAAGGAGUUCUACUGGUU